AUGGGCCGGGCUCAGGGCGAUCACGAUGAGGAGGCGGUCCCCUUGACGUCGGCGGAGUGGCUCACGGGGAGGCCCCGGAUCCAGAGCGAGAAGCCGUCGCGCCUCCAGUGGUCGCGCAUCCAGUGGUCGCGCAUCCAGUGGUCGCGGAUGGCGUGGAGCAUGGUGCCGUGGGUCAUCGCCGCGCCGCUGGGCAAGACGGAGCGCACGCUGCCCAAGGUGACGUCGACGUCGUACCUCAACGGGCUCCGCGGCGUGGCGUGCGUGGUCGUGUACAACUACCACGUCACGAUCGGGUGGUAUCCGGACCUCAAGGGCACCCUCGGCCUCGUGCCCUUUGCCAACUUCGUGCUGGCCGGCCACGGCGCCACCAUGAUCUUCUUCGUGCUCUCGGGCUUCGUCCUGGCCUACUCGCCGCUGUCCAAGAUGUCCUCCCCCGCGGGGACGUCCGACGCGGUCGACUCGGCCCUCCUCACCUCGCUCUGGUCCUCCACCAUCCGCCGCGGAUUCCGCCUCUUCACGCCGCUGGUGGGGCUCGCCCUCCUGCUGUCCGUCAUCACCUUCUUCUCGCCCAUCCACGGGAAUGCGCCGGGCCUGGAGUGGGCGCAGGCCAGCCCCAAGACGCUCGGCACGUACUUGCACCACCUGUACAGCUACUCCCAGAUGGUCUCGUACCUCAUGGACCCCUUCACCUGGUCCAUCAUCCAGCCAUCCUCCCUCGAGCACGCCUGGACCCUGCCCUUCGAGUACCGCGGCUCCCUCGUCGUCUUCCUCCUGUGCGUCGCCUGCGCCCGCCUGACCCCGCGGUGCCGCAAGGUCUUCCUCGUCGCCUUCGCCCUGUGGGCCCUGCACUGGAUCCGCUGGGACGUCUUCUGCUUCACCGCGGGCAUGUUCCUCGCCGAGCUGCGCUUCCGCCCGCUGUUCCCCUCCUCUUCCUCCUCUUCCUCCUCAGGCCCGAAGCCCGAGCCGCUCCCGCAUUCAACAACGGCCGACAACCUGACGCCGCGCCGGCCCUGGGAUAGAUUCAUCCAAUCCUUCCCCCUCCGCCCAGCCAUCGGCCUCCUGGCCCUCGGCCCGUCCGUCAUCGUCUGCGCGUGGCCCGACGGGGGCGGCGUGCUGGGCGUCGAGCCCUACGCGACCCUCCACGUGGCCUUCACCCCAGGCCACUACGGCGGCGUCGACGUCGACUUCUUGUACGCGAGCGUGGGCGCCGUGGCGGUGCUGGCCUCGCUCGAGGCGCUGCCCCCGCUCCAGUGGCUGCUCUCCACCGCGCCCUUCCGGUACCUGGGCGAGAUCAGCUUCUCCUUCUACCUGCUGCACAUACUGCUCAUCAACACCACCAGCGCCCACAUCAUAUUCUUCCUGACCCAGAUGUGCGGCUGGGGCUACGGGUUCGCCUUCGCGCUCAUGUGGGUCGUCACGGCCUCCGGGACCGUCCUCGCGGCCGACUUGUUCUGGAGGGGCGUGGACGAGACCAGUGUCCGUAUGAGCAGGAAGAUCAGUGACUGGCUGAUUGCGAAGCCGAGGGAUGCUGAGAUAGCGUACCAUGCGCUGUAG